AUGGCGACCCUUCCGCCAUCUCGCCUGGUGCUCUCCCCGCGUGAGCAGGAGUACCUACGCGUCUUUCUGCGCCAUCACCUGUCCGACGCGCCCAAUCGUAAUGACGACACUACGCGCCAAGGCCAUCUCCAGAACCACAGCAAGAGUGACAGCAGCGACAGCGACAGCUUCAACGCCGCUGCCUUUCGAUCUGCUUCACGUGUCUUCAUCACCACUUCGCUCUCCCUGAAACUGGUUGGCACGGUCCUAGACCGCGUUACUGCCCGCUCACAGGCGAAGCUCACGCAUCCACAGCCACGCAAGCCGCUAGUGGUAUCGCAGACGAGGCUGGCGCUUUCGCUAUCGACACUGCUGUUCUUACAUCGAGUGCUAUUCCGGCUUUUCUCCAAGCUCCGGGUGCAGCUACUGCAUGAGAAGGUUCGGGACAUCGAGCGGCGAUACCCGAGGGUGUAUGCGGCUCUCACCUCGAAGCUCGCACCAGCCAUUGGUGCGAGCCUGUCUGGGCUCGCGCUGGGAAUCUUCCCGUCCGAUCAGCUGCGGCUCACCAUUGCGAUUUACAUUGCCUCGCGUGCGCUAGAGAUUGGAUACACCGUCCUCGAUGCGGCUGGGUAUAUGAAGCGCAAUCCAUUUGGCAGCUGGGUGCUCUUUGCGCUUGCUCAGGGUCAACUGUUGCACGCCUACGUCUUUGACAGGGACUGCUUCCCCCAGGCUUAUGGAAGCUUCAUCAUACAGAAUACGCCCGAGUAUAUACAGCGGCGACCAGAGAACCUCUCACCCAAGGUCAGAUGGCCGAGCUACAACCAGAUCAGCGAUGCUCUGGCUGAGAUGGCAAGAUUGAGAUGGCCAGCAUUUGUGUCACCUAUCUUGCGUCCCAAGGUGGCCAAUACCCUGCCGGCAUCGAUUGAUCCAAUCAUCUCGCCAAUAACGAGCAGAGCGCACCCAGCGCUGCAGCACUUGAGCUGUGCGCUCAUUCACCCUCAGGAGACCAGCUGCUUUAUCGCGUACUUGAGGCAAAUCCUGUUGAGCUUUCCGAAGAUUGCGAAGUUCUUCACCAUAUACUACAGUGCCAUGUCGCUCUUGAAAAUAAGGGCAUUUGUCAAGAUGCCGUUGCAGGAGCUCGACCGGUUGGUGAAGAAGAUCUUGAAGACUUCUGCAGCCAUCACAGGGGCUAUUGGCACAAGCUGGGGCACAAUCUGUCUUUUCCAAUGGAUUCUACCUCGUGCAUUCUUGCCUCAGUUUCGAUUCUUCCUGGGUGGUCUGAUGGGCGGCAGCUUCCAGUUACUGGACCCAGGAUCCAUCGGCCAUGGCAACUCGAUGUAUGCUGCAAGGACAAGCGUGGACUCACUGCUGAAAGUUGGCGAAAAAAGGCGAUGGUGGCGACCGGUGCGGGGAGGGGAUGUUUACCUCUUUGUAGCAGCACUGGCGCUGAUCAACGUUUGCUUUGAUGUUGGAAGGGAUUCGGUUGGCAAGGACAGAUCUAUGCUGGUGAUUCGAGUACUGAGGGGCGACAUUGAGUUAGGGUUACAACGUGGGCGAAAGCAAGAAGCCGAUUCGGAGAAAAGCCAUGAUGAAUGA